AUGGUGCAUGAACAAGACUCUAAUGAGGACAUACCAUGUUUUGUAGACACUGACAUCAAUUCAUUCAGAAUUGAAGAAUUCCCAAGAGAAGAAAAGGAACAACCUGCACCAUUGGAUAAGGAGGUACAAAAAUCAUCAGAUGAUGAAAACCCUUGGACAAUGUAUUUUGACGGAGAUCGUUCAAAGGAAGGCUCGAGUGCAGGUGUAUUGUUUAUCUCACCCCAUGGAAGAACUUUCAAGUUUUCUUUUACUCUGUCCUUUGCAUGCACAAAUAAUGUGGCAGAGUAUGAAGUAUUACUUUUGGGAUUGAGACUAGCAAAAAAGCAUGGGAUAAAGAAUCUCAAAUUUAUUGGAGAUUCAGAAUUGGUCAUAUCCUAG